AUGCCAAAACAGAGUGGUUUGAAAGAGAAAAAGGUGAAGAAGGAAGAACAAUCGACCAUGCCGAGAAAAGGUAGAGAAGAAAGAGCAGUCGACCAUACCAACACAGAGUCGUUUGAAAAAGAAAAAAAAUGGAGAAGGAAGAGGAGCAGGUGUUUCAUAGAGGAAGAGGAGGAUGAUACAAACUCAAUUGAAGUAAGAACUAGAAUUGGGUCUGAUAAUAGAGGUUCUAGAUCUGAAGGAAAGGGGAAGUGUGGAUCUGGUAAAGCAGGGAAAAAUAUAUCAACUCCUAAAAACGUUGAGGAGAAGGAUGAAAUGCCGUUGAGGUAUGCUUAUGAAAGGGCAUUUCAAAGAUCAGCUGGUGAUAAUUUUGUGUUUAGUUUGCCAAAAAAGUUCCCUAAUAUUACUGAUCCUUUUUCUUCUUCUGAAGCUCAAUUGUAG